CUGGGCUUGCUUUGUCCGGUUUAUGGAGUCUACACGAGAUAUCAAGCGGGCAUUUUGUCCAUAAUAUUAUUUCCGACGAUCACUGGAGAAUCGACCGAGCAUAAUCCGUACCAGUGCCCAGUCUAAGCUGUGACUGCCAUCAUAAUGCCUGCUGCUGUACCUCCCACGCGGCCUCGGACAGGGAUUACUCGAUUCACCAACUGUCGUUUGGUGAAAGGCGACUCACUCGUUGAAGAAGACCUGUGGGUAAGCUCCCAGUCGGGGAAAAUCGUCUCCAGUCAAGCGGCCUUCUUCGACGAUCUUGCACUGCCAGAUGAAUCAAUUGACUUGGGCGGUCGGAUCAUCUCCCCCGGCUUGAUUGAUGUCCAGCUUAACGGCGCUUUUGGGUUCAACUUCUCGACGCUUCUCGAGGACACUGCGCAGUAUGGGAAGAAAUUCCUCGAAGUGAAAAAGGGUCUGGUUGCCACGGGGGUCACGUCUUUUCUCCCAACGUUGACCAGUCAGACAUCCGGGCUAUAUCAAAAGGUGCUACCAUAUCUUGGGCCAUCUCGUGGCAUCCGCCGAUUUGAGGAUGGCUCAGAGUCCUUGGGUGCCCAUGUCGAGGGACCGUUCCUGAAUCCCGCGAAAAACGGCAUCCACUCAAAGGACGUGCUUCUGGAGGCCCAGACGUUCGAAGACAUCGAGGCCUGCUAUGGCAAAGCCAAUCUUGGCGCCAGAGAAAGCAAUAAUAGCCCGAUGACCAUGGUCACUGUAGCCCCUGAGCGAGGCCAGAUGUCGAAGCUCAUUCCCGAACUUAGGAAACGGGGGAUCAUCUGCUCCAUUGGGCAUUCUGCGGCAACAUACGAAGAGGCACUGGUCGCGAUCGAGGCGGGCGCCACCAUGAUCACGCACCUUUUCAACGCCAUGCGGCCUCUCCACCAUCGCAAUCCCGGUAUUUUUGGCGUCCUCGGUGCGGCCGAGAACUUGCAGAGGCCAUAUUUCGGCGUCAUUGCCGACGGCAUCCAUCUGCAUCCGACGACAGUGAAUAUCGCAUUCAACACAUUUCGCGAAGGCUUCAUCCUCGUCACCGAUGCCAUGCACAUGAUGGGUUUGCCGGAUGGUGCAUACCAGUGGACCAACGGAGACGCGACAAGCAACAUCGUCAAGGUUGGCCCAACCCUUCUUCUCGAGGGAACCGACACCAUCGCUGGAAGUUCCAUUAGUCUUAUCGAAUGCGUGAACAACUUUUUGAAAUGGUCGGGCACCACGAUUCCCGCGGCACUGAAGACCGUCACAGCCACCCCGGCAGCCAUGCUCGGGUGCCAGGAGACGAAGGGGUCUCUGAAUGCCGGGGCGGACGCUGACCUCGUCAUCUUUUCGGAACAACUCAAAGGCGGGACUACAGAGUUGGUGAUCGACGAGGUCUGGAAGUUUGGCAAUCGAGCGUACUGCCGUGGCCCCGUCAAGCCUCCUCAUGGAACAAAAUAGGGAUAGCUGCCUUUAGACAUACCCGGGACAAUAGGACGUAAGGUAAUCAACAUGAGAGGGAUACCACCGGGGGCAAGAAGGGUUAAAUCCAUGUUGCUCUAGAAGGUUUAGAAUUAUCGAUAUAUACCUUUCAACGAGGAAGGUCUGGCGAACUAAAAACGGAGCGGGAG